AUCUACUAUGAAAUGGGCAUUAUUAUCUGUGCCAUCCUGGGACUGCUCUUCGUGAUCCUGAUGCCCCUGGUGGGGGUUUGCUUCGGUUUGUGUCGCUGCUGUAACAAGUGUGGUGGAGAAAUGCACCAGCGUCAGAAGAGAAACGGCCCCUGCCUGAGGAAAUACUUCACGGUCUCCCUUCUGGUGAUCUGUGUAGUGAUAAGCACUGGUGUCAUUUAUGGCUUUGUGGCAAACCACCACCUAACAACCCAGAUGGGAAGGAGUUGGAAACUGGCAGACAGCAAUUUCAGAGACCUGAGAACUCUCCUGAAUGUGACUCCAGAGCAAAUCAACUAUGUAACAGGCCAGUAUACUACCACCAAGAAAAAGGCAUUCUCAGAUCUGGAUAAUAUCAAAACAUUGCUAGGCGGUGGAAUCCAUAAACGACUAAAACCUAAAGUGAUCCCUGUUCUUGAUGACAUCAAGGCCAUGGCGGAAGCCAUCAGAGAGACAAAGGAAGCCCUGAUGAAUGUGAACAUUACCUUAAAUGAGAUAAAAAACUCAACUGCGCAGCUGAACACCAGCCUGAGUGCCGUGAAAAGGAACGUGGAGCAAUCCCUCAACGACCCCAUGUGCUCUGUGCACUCAGUGUCUGCCACCUGCAACGACAUCAGAAGGUCUCUAAGCCAGCUGGAUGACAACGUCAACUUGGAUCAGCUUCCACCUUUGGAUCAGCCAAUGAAUAAUGUUAAUGAUGUUCUUCAAACGGAUUUGUCCAGCCUAGUCCAAGAGGGCUAUAAAUCCUUUAAUGGUAUACCGGAGAUGGUACAGAAUCAAACCACUGACAUCAUAUCAGAUAUCAAAAGUACCUUGAAUUCCAUUGGUUCAGAUAUCACCAAUAUAAGUGAACAGAUUCCCAUUCAGGAUAAGCUUGCAAAUUUCAUGGCUUACAUUAAUGACACAGAAACUUUCAUCCACCACAAGUUACCCAUGUUGGAGGAAUAUGAUUCAUACAGGUGGCUGGGGAGCCUGAUUGUCUGCGGGCUGCUGACCCUCAUCGUCGUUUUCUACUGCCUGGGCUUGCUGUGCGGCAUCUGCGGCUACGACCAGAGUGCCACCCCAACCAAACGAGGCUGCCUCUCCAACACUGGAGGCGUCUUCCUCAUGGUCGGGGUUGCAGUGAGUUUCAUCUUUUGCUGGAUGGUGAUGACCAUCGUGGUUCUGACUUUUGUCAUUGGUGGAAAUGUGGAAAAACUGGUCUGUGAAUCUUACGAAAACAGGAAGCUAUUCCAGAUUUUGGACACACCAUAUUUACUAAAUGAGAAUUGGAAAUACUAUCUCUCUGGCGUGGUGUUUAACAAUCCGGAUAUUAAUCUCACUUUUGAACAAGUUUACAGUGACUGCAAAGAAAAUAAAGGUAUUUAUGCGACACUUAAGCUGGAGAACAGCUACAACAUCAGUGAACAUCUCAACAUUCAAGAGCAUACCGGAAACAUAAGCAGUAACUUUGAAAAUAUGACCAUAAAUAUUGGCGAUAUCACUCUGCUAGAUGAAGCAGGAAAGGGAAGCCUUAGGAAUUUCAGUUCUUCGGGAAUAGACAGAAUAGACUAUAACGCCUUCUUGGCUGAGACGGGCAAAACUCCCACCAAAGUGAAUCUUUUAUCAUUUGCAGAUGAUCUAGAAGCAAAAGCCAACCAUUUGCCCGCGGGAAAUUUGCAAGAGUCCCUGAAAAGAAACGCACAAACUGUUCGAAUGAUUCACCAUGGCCAAGUCAUUCCUUUGGAACAAUCAAUGAGAACUGUACACCAGAGCAUCAAGGAACUUCAAAGCAAAAGCAGUGGAUUAGGGGUGAGAGUGGCCAAUAUCCUUUCAUCCCUGGAUUCUGCUCAGGACUUCCUCACAAACCAUAUUUCCUCUGUUAUUGUUGAAGAAAGUAAGAAGUAUGGGAAAACAAUAAUAGGAUACUUUGAACAUUAUCUGCAGUGGGUCAAGAUCUCUAUCACCGAGCACAUUGCCGCCUGCAAACCCGUGGCCACCGCUUUAGAUUCCGCUGUUGACGUCUUUCUGUGUCGCUACAUUAUCGACCCUACGAAUUUGUUUUGGUUUGGCAUAGGAAAAGCUACCAUAUUUUUACUUCCAGCUAUAAUCUUUGCUGUAAAGCUGGCCAAGUAUUAUCGUCGGAUGGAUUCAGAGGAUGUGUAUGAUGAUGGUGAACCUCUGCCCGUGAAAAAUCUGGAAAAUGGUUAUAUCGGGUUGCAUAGACAUCGUCCCACUCACAUUGUAUGAGCAAAGUUUUUAAACAGACCCAACUACACAAGUUCUUGAUCUGCAGCGUCUCCAACUGUUGGAAAAGAAACCUUCCCUUCAGGAGUUUGCAGAGUUCAGUGAUGUCAUGUGAAAUGUGUACUUCGGAGCCCAACAGUGAAAAGCCUGCAUACCUUUUUUAAUCUUUCGAAGUUUUGCUUUAAUCGUCUGAGCCUUCUAUGAAAGGUUAAAUAUGCAACACAUUCAUUAAUUUCCAACUUAGCUUUCGGAGCAAGACAGGAAUUUUGUCACAUUUCAUUGCUUGAGGACUUAGGCUUGUAGUUAGAGAAAGUCCAGUAGAUAACAGAUGUGUGUGUGUGAAUAAUAAAGGAAUUAUUUCAGAAAUA